GUGCCCGCCGCUAGCCACUUCUCGUCCCCACGCCCGCCCGACCGCGUCGCUGCCUGCUUUGCCAUGGGUCGACAGAAGGAGCUGGUGAACCGUUGCGGGGAGAUGCUCCAUAUCCGCUACCGGCUGCUCCGCCAGGCGCUGGCGGAGUGCCUGGGGACCCUCAUCCUUGUGAUGUUUGGCUGUGGCUCCGUGGCUCAGGUGGUGCUCAGCCGGGGCACCCAUGGUGGCUUCCUCACCAUCAACUUGGCUUUUGGAUUCGCCGUCACCCUUGCCAUCUUGGUGGCCGGCCAAGUGUCUGGAGCCCACUUGAACCCCGCUGUGACCUUUGCCAUGUGCUUCCUGGCACGGGAGCCCUGGAUCAAGCUGCCCAUCUACACCCUGGCACAGACGCUGGGGGCCUUCUUGGGCGCGGGGAUCGUUUUCGGGCUGUACUAUGAUGCAAUCUGGGGCUUUGCCAACAAUGAGCUUGUCGUCUCCGGCCCCAACGGCACAGCGGGCAUCUUUGCCACCUACCCCUCUGGACACUUGGACAUGGUCAAUGGCUUCUUUGAUCAGUUCAUAGGCACAGCCUCCCUCAUCGUCUGUGUGCUGGCCAUUGUUGACCCCUAUAACAACCCUGUCCCCCGUGGCCUGGAGGCCUUCACUGUGGGCCUUGUGGUCCUGGUCAUUGGAACCUCCAUGGGCUUCAAUUCUGGCUAUGCUGUCAACCCUGCCCGAGACUUCGGCCCUCGUCUUUUCACUGCUCUAGCUGGCUGGGGCUCCGAAGUCUUCACGACCGGCCGGCACUGGUGGUGGGUACCCAUCGUCUCUCCACUCCUGGGUUCCAUCGCUGGCGUCUUCGUGUACCAGCUCAUGAUUGGUUGCCACCUGGAGCAGCCCCCACCCUCCACUGAGGCAGAGAAUGUGAAGCUGGCUCACGUGAAGCACAAGGAACAGAUCUGAGUGGGCAGCAGCCAUCCCACUGUUCACUCUCUUGAAUAUCCACUGACUGUGUGGGGGCCACUUCCUAAACGCACCCUUGUGAUGCCUCUCACAGGCUAAGAUGCUCCUGUACCCACUGCCCCUGCUGGAUGGCCCUUUCAAAGUUUCUACUGAACUUCUGCCCAAUAAAACAUUAGGUCCCCACUCUUAAGUCAAGGUAGGAUAGCAAGUAGGACCAAAUAUCCUUUUGUUUCCCGAAAAGAAAAGAAUGUGCAGCAUGUGUGUUUUUAUGCAGGCGUGGGUGCUGUUUUCCAGGCAUUGGG